AUGAUCAAGACUAUUCAAAUUGACGCGCGCUACCAAUUCGAAGUAGAGAAAAUUUCAAGAGAGAGCCAGCAUGUCGAGAAGAAGAGUUAUACUCCCAGGGAGAUUUGCCGACGAAAACAGGUGGUAUGUGAUACGAUUCUCGCAGACAAAGAACUCAGCCCCCCUGGUAAAAUCACAUCAAUUAGAGGAGACAGGGGAAACGAGGGAGGAGAAAGUCCAAGCACCUUAGACAGAUGGCGUCAUGUAUCAUAUGGAGAGAUUGAAUUUGAAAGUGCAUUUGCCAUUACAACAUUGGGGAUGGACAACAUAGACAUUCAUGAUUGUGAAAGCCAUAAACACAAAGACUGGAACCAUGUACUGUGCUGUUAAAGAAAAUAGACUAUCUAAGUUGACGUCCAGUGCAUUAUUUCAUUUAAUUCAAAAGUCAACAUUGUGUAAUUUUUUUCAUGGAUGACAUUGAUUAUUUGAUCUGAAUUUGCAAAAAUUGGAUUGAGUGGGAAUAAGUGCUGUGAUUUCAAAUGAAAGCCAUGAUAGACACAUUGCUUUUUCAUCCAGAUGUAAGUAAAAUCAUAAAUGCAUGUUUUCAAUUCAUAUAUUGAAAAUUCAGUUUAUUGGAAAUGACUGUGACUUGUGGGUAAUUAUUAUUAUUUUUUUUUUAUAAUUAAAAAACUUAUAUUAUUGGGAACAGUAUAAAUCUAUGGCCAAUUCUCUAAAUUUGAUGUGUUUUUUAUGCAUAUUAAAUCAAUAUAAAUUGAUUUAUUUGUUAUUGAUGGUGUUGCAUAUAGUCAUAGAUUAUACUUUAACUUGGUCUAGUGUGUAGUUUUUUGGCAGGGUAAAAGACACUUUUCAUGAAAGAAACCUACAAGCUACUGAAAAGUAUUAUCCUUUUAGUCACUAGCUGACUAGCUGUAAUUUUAAAUUAUUCUAAGUAAUACUGGUAGAAAGUGGUGUGGUGUACCAGUUUACUAGACCAUGGUGAUAGUCCUUAUGGUAAUUAAUUUACUGCUUUCAGUGGGUUAAAUUACAAGCAUGCAUGAGAUAUGAAGAAGCACCAGUGAUUACAUUCUUUUAAAAAUAACCAUUGAUAUUUUAUAAAUGAAAUUGUCAUCAACUGAUUUUCUAUCAUAAAUCAUGUAAAUGCAAGUUCAUAAUUAAUGUAUUUAUGGCCAUUUGGGAGUUUUAGGGAGGUAUAUUUGAAAGCUGCCAGAGGUUUGCCACAAACUAUAUUAGGCUAUCUGAAAAUGUUUGCCAAAGGUUCGCCGCAAAGUGUAUAUGGCUAUCAGAAGUUUACCAAAGGUUAACCGCAAAACUUCACCAGAGGUUCACCAUAAACCAUUCCAUAUAUGGCAAUCUCAAGUUUGCGGCAAGUUUACCGCAAACUUCAUUUGCAUGGUAAAAAGUCGCCGUAAGGUUGCUGCAAACAAUCUGACGUAACCUUGCCGCUAAGUUUGCAGCAGAUUCGCCGCAGUACUUCGC